UAUGAAUAAAAAACAAGAAAUCAUUAAUUACCCUCCUGACAAAAGAAUUUCUUCAUACAUUUUCAGUCUUAAAGCCAUAAUUGGAAAAGGAUCUUAUGGAAUAGUUUAUUUAGGAAAACAUGAAGCUACAUGUAUUUAAAUUUAAUUUAUUAGUAGAAAAAUUAGUAGCCAUUAAAGUUAUUGAUCGAAGAAAUUUUGAUUUUGACAUACAAAACUAAGAAAUAGCUAUUAUGAAACAAUUAAAUCAUCCAAAUAUAGUUAAGCUUGUUGAUUUUAUUAUUUCAGUUAACAACUUAUAUAUUAUUACGGAAUACUGUGAUGGCACUGAUUUAAAAACAUAUCUCCAAGAAAAUAGUCCAUUAAGUGAAGAAACUGCUCUUAAAAUUAUAAAAAGCAUAAUUAAAGGAUUAAAAUAUAUAAUUGAAAGCAAUAUCAUACAUAGAGAUAUAAAACCUGCAAACAUUUUAUUUCACAAUAAUGAAUUGAAAAUUGCUGAUUUUGGUUUCUCAAGAAGAAUUAAUACUACUAUGACAUCAAUAGUUGGAACUCCUAUUUAUAUGGCUCCUUAAAUUCUAUUCAAAUAAGAGUAUUCUUCUAAAUGUGAUAUAUGGUCUCUUGGAAUAAUUUUCUUUGAAUUAUUGUUUGGAAAAUUACCUUGGUUUGCUAAUGAUAUUAUUGAUCUAUUAGAUAAGAUAUAAAAUCAAUCAUUAAUUAUACCAAAAUAACCAAAAAUUAGUUUAAAAUCUACAAAAUUUUUAUCAGGAUGUUUAGAAAAAGAAGAAAAAAAUAGAUUUAAUUGGAUUGAAAUCUUUGAAUUCUUUAAUUCUAAAGAAAACUUGAAAAUUUAAAUUAGUUCUUUUCAUGAAAAUAAUUAAAGUUUUGAAAAUAAAACAUAAAGAAUUUAUUAUUUUAAUAAAACUUUCAGAGAGAGAACUAAUUCUAGUAAAUUUCAUUAUAUUAAAUCAAAUGAUUCUAUAGAAAAUUAAACAAUAUCCUAAACUAGAAGAAAAGACGAAUCAAAAACUAUUUUACAAAAUCAAGAUUUAUUAAAUAUGAGGAGAACAUAAUCUAAAUUUGAAAAUCUAAAAUAAAAUUAGAAUUCGACUGUUUUAUUCAAAAAACAUUAUAUUUCUUAUGCUUAAAUUAUAUCAAAAAUUCAAUAACUAACAGUUUAAGAUUAUAUAAAACCAUAAAUAAGUAAAUCUACAUUUAAGAAAAAAAAUUCGAAUAUAUUAAAAAUUAUUGAAUAUAACAAUUUCCUUAGUAAUGAAGCAUAUAAAAAGGGAUAUCACAAUCUAUUUACUAUCUUGUAGAAUUAACGAUCAAAAUUAUUCAUUAAAUAAAUUAAUUUAGAAAAAGAGAUUAAUAAAAUUGAAGAUUGGAUGAAAUUAUCUGUUGAUUCAUCAUUUAAAAAGAAAAUGGAAUUCUACAUAAAAUAGCUUAAACGAUAGGCAUAGUCUAAAGAAAAUGAAAUCAAUAGAUUAGGAAAUUUUUAUUCUAAUUGA